CCGGAAGAACCGCCUACGCCCCCGAGGCUUGGAGAAGACUUUCCUUCCUCUGGUGGCGCCAUGCGUCCGGACCAGGCCUCAGCUUGGUACCGGCGCAUGUCCGCUGUUUACGCUUUGGGCACCUGGAGCGUGUUGGGCGCCUUGAUUUUCACCGGCCGCCGCAAAAAGAGCAAGGCAGGAGGUGAUAAAGUAGAACAAAAAGAUGUCUCAACAUCUGAAAGCCCUGAGUCAAGUGUUCCAUAUCUUUCAAAGGACCAGAACAGGUAUGGAUUAAAUCCCAACUGUGACUACCAAUAUUCUAGACACGGAGUACAAAGUUGGGACAACAUGGUUCCUGUCCUAGAGUGCUGCACUGGUCUCUUGGUUGCAAGUAACAAGUGGGCUUAACUCAAAGGGUAUUUAUCAAAAAUUGUGUUUGGGGGACUCUCUCCCCAUCCCCACAUGAGAGUCUGUGCUUGUUUCUCAAUAAAUUUCCAUCUUUUACUAUAAAAAAAAUUGUGUUUGGAUACCUCAGAAUUAAAGCAAGUUAUGUUAUAGGCCUAGGAAGGCCUGGCACCAUGAACUGAAAUGCAGCCAGCCACUCAUUGAACCUGCCUGCCUCUGGCUAAAAUAAAUUCUAAUAAAUUCGUUUUGUUUUGAUUUUAGAGAGAGGAAAGGAGAGAAAGAAAAAAAAAAACAUUGAUUUGUUUCACUUCUUUACGCACUCAUUGGUUGAUUCUUGUAUAUUCCCUGACUGGGGAUUAAACCUACAACUUUUUUGUAUUGGGAUGACGCUCUAAACAACUGAGCUACCUGGCCAGGGCAUCUAAUAAACUUAUAAACGUUUUCUACAAAUUUGGACAUUUUUAUGUCAACAUAGGUUUACUUAAAAAUGGUUUCCUAAGUCUAGUAAUUUGGUAACUUUAAAGGUUUGCUAGCUAAAUAAAGUUAUGGAUAUUCA